AUGAAUCAACCUCAAAUUGGUACGUACAACGUAGGCACACGAUUAACAGUUGGGUCACAUCAAGUUGAGAUCAUCAAAUAUCUAACAAGCGGUGGGUUCGCCCAAGUAUAUUCCGUCUUAAUUAGUCCGCCUGACCCUCAUACUAAUACAAACGUUGCAUGCCUAAAAAGAGUAAUUGUUCCAGAUAAGCCUAGUCUAAAUACUUUAAGGGCAGAGGUAGAUGCUAUGAGAUUACUGAAGAACAACAGGUAUGUUGUGUCAUACAUUGAUUCCCAUGCGGCCAAGGCAAUAUUACAGAACGGUUCAUAUGAAGUAUUCGUUUUAAUGGAGUAUUGUGAAAGAGGAGGACUGAUUGAUUUUAUGAACACAAGACUACAAAAUAGGUUGCAUGAAUUUGAAAUUUUGCAAAUAAUAAGCCAAGUUACUCAAGGAGUUGCUGCUAUGCAUGCGUUACAACCUCCGCUGAUUCACCGAGAUAUAAAGAUAGAAAAUGUUCUUAUCUCAACCAACAAUGAGUACAAGCUUUGCGAUUUCGGCUCUGUAUGCGGUAUUAUAAGACUUCCCAGGAAUUCCCAAGAGCUAUCAUAUGUUCAGCAGGACAUUCUGAAAAAUACAACAGCACAAUACCGGUCGCCGGAGAUGAUUGACAUAUUUCGCGGUCUGCCGAUAGAUGAAAAGUCGGAUAUAUGGGCCCUGGGUAUUUUUCUAUACAAGCUUUGCUAUUAUACAACACCAUUUGAAAAGGGUGGUGAACCCGCCAUACUAAGCGGAAAGUUUGAAUUUCCAUUGUAUCCGAACUAUAGUGAACAGUUGAAGAGUUUAAUACGGGAUAUAUUGGUACAGAACCCCUGCCAUAGACCCAGUGUUUUCCAAUUACUAAAGAGAAUAUCAAUUAUGCAAAAUGUUCCGUGUCCAAUAAAUGAUAUACAAACUGUGCAAGCACCUAGCAGUCAUUUGAACUUGACAGAACUCCAUCAGCUUUCUGCAACGCAAAAUAUUCAAAGUUUAAACUCCCACUUAGUCAUGGGAAAUUCGAUACCAACUACUGCAUUCCAGUUCAGCACGCCUGUUAAUAUGGCAACAGCGCAAACACUUCCUAUUAAAGAAGAAUCAAAUAUAUUUUAUGACCCUACUUCGUGUAAUUUUGCCAAGGAUUCUCAGAGCCGUCUGAAUAAUGCAUUAAGUCGCUCACCGUUUGAAUUGGAAGCAGUUAGUGAUUUGAAUAAUGUUAAAGAUGAGGCAAAUUCUACGACUAGGUUAAAGCAAACGAUUGUUUCAGAAGCACAUAAUUUCAGGCAGAAUAAUUCAUUGAACCUAUCUCUGCCGAACAUGAUUCCUCACAACGAUGAUUCUUCGUCCUCAUCAGAUGAAUCUUAUCCAGGAGACACAGAUGAAUUAAAGAAGACGCAAUCUCUAAGUUCAUACUCCACGCGUAGUAACACUAAAAGAGACCAGCCUGUGGAAGAAUAUCUUACUUCUUCAAGCCUGCCGGGUAGUAGCUUCACAGCUGUGCAUACAAAGGUUAAUUUGGACCAUAAAAGUUCAUCGUUUAAGCCAACAUCUACCAAUACAGUUGAUGGCCUCAAAAACAAUACUUUAAGCCUUUCAAAGAAUAACUUACCUGCAUAUGAUUAUGUGGGUGGAUCUAAACAGGAUUUGAAGAACUCCAUCCAACAGCGUAUGCUUGAGAAACUCAAUUCUUCAGAGGAGUCGUUCAACGCUAGAAAGAUAUCCAAUGUGAAGGAAGGUGGGCAAGAAGGGACGAAUAUCCCAAUAAUUUUGAAAUCAAAAGCCUCAACCUUAAAAGACAAAAAGAUAAAACCGACCCCUCCGCCUAAGCCUUUACACCUAAAGCCUAAGCCUCCUCCAAAACCACUGUUCUUAGCAGGGCAAAAGUUAUCCUUGGAAAAGUAA